AUUCGGCCGCAUACCAACAAAACCCUUUUUUUUCUUUUUUUAAUUCUUUUUUUUCUUUUCUAAACCCAAUUCACCAUAAAUACAUUAAACAAAGUCUAACCAUUUCUCCCUUUCUCUUCCUUUCUCUUUGAGGGUUUCUUCUCCCUUCAAGGAAAAGAAGAGUUACCACAAUCACGCCGGAGAGUGUGAUUUUUUGAGGUGCUGCAGUCAUGUUUGGACGAGGUGGACCUAGGAGGAGUGAUAACUCUAAAUAUUAUGAUAUUCUUGGAGUUUCAAAGAAUGCCACUGAAGAUGAAAUCAAGAAAGCAUACAGAAAGGCAGCUAUGAAGAAUCAUCCGGAUAAAGGUGGAGAUCCUGAAAAGUUUAAGGAGUUAGGUCAAGCAUAUGAAGUUUUAAGUGAUUCUGAGAAGAAAGAAUUGUAUGAUCAGUAUGGUGAAGAUGCCCUUAAAGAAGGGAUGGGAGGAGGAGGAGGAGGCUCGUUUCAUAAUCCAUUUGAUAUAUUUGAGUCAUUUUUUGGAGGAUCAAGCUUUGGUGGUGGUGGUAGUUCACGAGGCAGAAGAAAAAAACAUGGUGAAGAUGUGGUGCACUCUUUAAAGGUGUCCUUGGAGGAUGUCUAUAAUGGUGCAACUAAGAAACUAUCUCUUUCUAGAAAUGUAUUAUGCCCAAAGUGUAAAGGGAAUGGGUCAAAAAGUGGUGCAACUAGUAGGUGUUUUGGUUGCCAAGGCACUGGUAUGAAGGUCACAAGAAGGCAGAUAGGACUAGGCAUGAUUCAACAAAUGCAACAUGUCUGCCCGGACUGCAGAGGAUCUGGUGAGGUUAUUAGCGAAAGAGAUAAAUGUCCUCAAUGCAAAGGAAACAAGGUUACUCAUGAAAAGAAGGUACUGGAGGUGCAUGUUGAAGAGGGAAUGCAGCAGGGUCAGAAGAUUGUUUUUGAAGGACAAGCUGAUGAAGCUCCUGACGCAUUGACAGGAGACAUUGUUUUAGUAUUGGCAGUGAAAGAGCACCCAAAGUUCAGAAGGGAGCGAGAUGAUCUCUUCAUUGAUCACACUCUCAGCUUAAGUGAGGCACUCUGUGGCUUCCAGUUUACUAUCACACAUCUUGAUGGCAGGCAAUUACUGAUCAAAUCAAACCCUGGGGAAGUCAUUAAGCCAGGUCAAUCUAAAGCAAUAAAUGAUGAGGGAAUGCCACUACACAAGAAGACAUUCAUGAGGGGUCGGCUUUACAUCCAGUUCAAUGUUGAAUUCCCAGACUCAGGGUUUAUUUCCCCUGAUCAAUGCCUGUUAUUGGAAAAGGUAUUACCUCAGAAGGGCAGCAAGCGCAUUUCAGAUGCAGAGCUUGAUGACUGUGAAGAGACCACUUUGCAUGAUGUCAAUUUCAAGGAGGAGAUGAAACGAAAACAUCAACACCAUUACCGUGAGGCAUACGAUGAAGACGAAGAUGAAGGUCCUUCUGGUCACAGGGUGCAAUGUGCUCAACAGUAGUGCAAUUUGUGGUAGAGGUUAUAUGUUUUCUAUCUUUUGUUUGCAUAAUGCAGAAACCAUAACUGCUUGAUAAAUUUACCUUUAGGUCUUUGUUAUUAGUUUACAGUUCAUGGCAAAUUAGUUUACAUUUCAUGGCAUAUAACUAAGUAUGUUUUUUUUAUUAUAAUGUCAAGUUUAUGAAAAUUAAAUGCCCUCUUUGAUUCGUUGG